UCUUCUUCUUCUUCUUCUAUUGGAAGACUUUAAAGUAAAGAAACCCAAACUCCACCAUUGGAUAACCCAAAGCUCCAACCUUUACAUCAUUCUCAGCACCCUCGACCUCUUCAACAAGAAACCAAUCCAAUCGGAGAACGAAGAUGAAGAUCACAGUAAUGACCGCCGACGAGCAGAUCAUCAGCUUAGACGUCGAUCCUCAUGAGACUGUUGAAAACGUGAAAGCUCUGCUGGAGGUGGAGACUCGGGUGCUGCUUCAGAAUCAGCAGCUGCUGUAUAAUGGGAAGGAGGUUAGAAAUUCCGAGAGACUGAGUGCGCUCGGUGUCAAAGAUGAUGAUUUAAUAAUGAUGGUAUCCAAUGCCGUGUCUAGUGCUUCCAGCAAUGCACUGAGCUUCAAUCCAGAUGGGUCUGCUGCAAAUCCACUAGCUUUCCAGCAGCAGAUUAGGAAUGAUUCUAAUGUGAUAGCACAGUUGUUUCAGAGUGAUCCUGAAUUAGCACAAGUUAUUCUUGGAGACGAUCUCAAUAGACUGCAGGAAGUUUUACGAGAGCGGUAUCGCCAAAAAUCUGAACAUCGACGACAACAAGAGGAGGAGAAUGCUCUUCUUUUUGCAGACCCUUUUGAUGUUGAAGCCCAGAAGAAGAUUGAAGCUGCUAUUCGCCAGAAAGGAAUUGAUGAAAAUUGGGCUGCUGCUCUUGAACAUAACCCCGAAGCUUUUGCAAGGGUGGUUAUGCUGUAUGUAGACAUGGAAGUUAAUGGUGUCCCAUUGAAGGCAUUUGUUGAUAGUGGAGCACAGUCAACAAUUAUAUCAAAAAGCUGUGCUGAGCGUUGUGGAUUGUUGAGGCUUUUAGAUCAACGUUACAAGGGCAUUGCUCAUGGAGUUGGUCAAUCAGAGAUAUUAGGUCGAAUACACGUAGCUCCUAUCAAGAUUGGAAAUAAUUUUUACCCCUGCUCCUUCCUGGUACUGGAUGCUACUAAUAUAGAGUUCCUCUUUGGGUUGGAUAUGCUUCGAAAGCAUCAGUGCAGUAUAGACUUGAAGGAUAAUGUGUUGAGAGUUGGUGGGGGAGAAGUUUCUGUCCCAUUUUUACAAGAAAAAGACUUGCCAUCUCGGUUUCUGGAUGAAGGAAAGUUGUUCCAGGAAGCAUCCAGCUCAGGAGCUCCUGUGAUAGCUGGAACAACAGAUAAGACCAAAAAUGUAUCAACUGGAGGGCAAUCAUCUGGAAGUGCUCGUCCUGAUACAAGUCAGGGACCUGAUUUCGAAGCUAAAAUUGCAAAGCUAGUUGAGCUAGGGUUUGGGAGAGAUGCAGUAAUACAAGCUCUUAAAUUUUUUGAUGGCAAUGAAGAACAAGCCGCAGGGUUUCUCUUUGGGGGCUGAGUUAAUUUAUAGACAUUUAAAAUUCACAAAUCAGUGGAAUGAUGCAAGAUCAUACUUUGGGUAUUUAAGGUUACCCAUUCAUUUAGUUGGUUGAUACCCAUAAAGCAAUGUUGCAACUUACAUGAGGAUUAACGAUGCAAUUUCCAUGAGUAAACCAUUUGCAGUUCCAAGACGACUGCCUUUCAAGUGA